AUGGACAUCUUCCUGAAAUAUGCUCCUCAUUUAUCCAAGAGCGCGUUGAAAGGAUAUGGAUCUGGCAACACGGCAAGUCCCAUGCACGGCCGAGGGCAUUUGCUGAAGCUGCUUGACCUGCCCUGCGAGAUCUUAAUGCAGAUACUCACACCUUUUUCGACACAUGCGCUCCUUCCUUUGACCCUCACUUGCAAAGAAGUGCACAAUCUGGUGCUGCGCAUUCUGCACUACCGGCUACUCCUUGCUGCCGCGGCUCCGGAAUACAAAAUCAUCCUCGAGGCAUACCACCCAGCACGAAGGUAUACGAGACCAUACCUCUACUGCGAAUACCUGGGUACAGAUGGUCUUACUGCUGAACUUGAUGGAGAAGAGUCCCUCUACAAUGAUUGCGACGGCGUGAGCGGCCGAUUGGGCAAGCUAGGUGCGCUCUACAGCAGAUUCAGACCUGAACAUCCAGGCGUAGAGGGCACGAUACCCGCACGCAGGAUCGCUGGCGCUACACCUAUCCUCGCUCAGCCUACAGACGGCACUGGCGCGACCGCAUCUGAGGGCUGGAGCCAGAGUACUUCACUUACCACUCCCAUCUACCUCAAUGCAGGAGAUGGUGGAAAGAGAAAAGUCAUACAUACCAUAAACCUCGACGGCGGUGAGUUAUUUGGCCAAUUCUGUACAUAUGGCAGUCUUGUGCAGCUCAGCGAAAGACGUGGCGUCUUCCUGAGUACAGUUAACAUCGUGCAACCCGGACAGGGCACGAUCCGCGUCUGGCGAAACUGGCUUGUCGAUCGUUGCCGAGAACUCUACGAAGCUGAGAGGGAUGGUAUGGAGCUCGAUUGCGCUUCGGUCGCCAAAGACUCGACGAUUCUCUGGACCGAUUAUCACAAAAACGUUGGCGUAAAAGUCGCUGUCAGACACAGAAACCUCAUGCACAAUGAAAUGAACGAUCUUGAUGAGGAAACGCUGAGCUGCGAUCUGGAGAUACAAGAGCUUGUCGUCAGAACAACACACCUCACCCUCGCAGUCGAGGACUCCAUCGCCGCAAAGGCCGACGCAGGCAGAGGUAAAGCUCUCAUCUUUGGUAGCUUCGCGUCAAGAGCUGCUUGA